AUGAUCCUUUCAUCACCCCAGUGGCCGGACCCUGAAACCGUCAACUCCCUACGCUCCAGAGCCUCAGAGUUGUCCAGGCAAUUCUCCUAUGGCAGUUCUGCUUCCCGUAUAAGCACGAUACAUAGUGGAUCGAAACUACGAAACCAUCCCACUGAACCCUCUCAUAUUCGUCAGCAAAGUAACCCUUUUGAUGUGCUAUACGACCCGGAAUCGGCAAAAAACCACCCACCAGUCACUCGUUCGAAGAGUCCUCUAUACCUUGAUAUCGAGAAAGAUAUCCACAAUGGUCAAUCUCCAAACAGAGGCUACCAUGCCUCGAACGGGCAUCCUACAAUCACGGUAAUUGAUGAUUCUCAACUAAGGCGUGGAAACUCAGUUGUGUCGACGCUGGCGUCUCUAAGGAAUAGGAACAAAAUUAAGAAACGGAACAAAAUGGUCAGGAAGGAAGACUUACCAGCAGGGCUAAUAGUAGAUGAACUGGCGAGCUCAUCUGAAGCAGGGUACAAAGCUCGCAAGAGUCUGAAAAAGACGCAGUCAUCCAGGCUCAAUUUUUUGUUUCCUGUUCGAAGAAAGAGAUCCUUCAAUUACUACCCCAUCAGAUCGCAGCCGAAAUUCAGAUCACCUAACGAGCUCGACGAGUUCUAUCAAAAACACAACGCUAGAAAUGUCGUCAGAGAAUUGCUUCCUCAAUCUAUGGCUGCGUAUGAGUUCACCAACCUCAUUAGUCUCGUCCCGAUCAUCAACGUCUACCCCGAUUCCAUGCGCUUACCACUUACUAUUCCUCGAGCUAGUAACCGAGGAAACAAACCAGAUCUCUCUGUUGAAGCAUCUCCUCAUGAAGCUCGCCAGCACUCACCACAGAGGAAGUCAUUGGCCCCACCACGUCUACAGAGGCCAGAACAGCUCACCUUCAAUGAAAACCUCAACUUUAAAAACAAAAUAUACAAAAGCUAUAAGGAGGCAAUAUUUGCAGGCAAAUACUCCCGACCUCCACAGCUCCAGCAAACACAUCCAAGAGAGGCUAUGUAUGUCACAAAUAACGAGAAGGAGCAACUCGAAACUCGGCUUCUUUUUGAGAUACUCUUAAGAAGAACUAUAGCAGCUAAAAUUGACUUUAGACUCAAGCAGCAAGGUUAUCAGCAGAGAAAGAAGAGGCCAAAAGAAAAAGCAAGCGAUAACUCGUUGAACACAUCUUCUUCCUCGGCACCAUCAGAUCGACCGGACAAACACGUUAGGGAUCACUCUCACCAUGGAAGAGGGCCGAAAACUCCCAGGGGUACAAAGCCAAGUAAUUCUCGUCAAGAUAAUACAUCGUUACUCUCAGAUCCACUUCCUUCGCCUCAAAUUAGUUUCAAUGCUAAUAUGUUUGAGCCAAUGUAUGAGGAUUCACCUUCGAGCAUGAUUAAUUGGGAACGGAAAUUCUCACACUUAGAAAGACUUUCACCAAAGAGACAAAACCAGCAAGCAUUCCAAAAUCUUGGCGAACAGGCUUCACCUUCACAAAGGUUUGUGUACAAUUUUGACAAAGUUGACUUAGUUUCCAAGAGGGAGAGGUCAACACCAAACUUGUCCAACGUUGCACUUUAUUCCAUGCAGCCUGUAAACCGAUCUGAGGCGACAUUGAGUUCUUCAGAAUCUUCUGCAGAAAAGUUUCAGGUAGGCCAAAACUUUCAUAGAGUGUCAGACUCGACUACGGAAUCUAAGGGACAUUCUCGUGGAUCUGCAUCCACCAAUCCAGGAAACGGAAAGAGGACUCGUGAUUCAGAAUCUACAACAAACACGUCUGUCCUACAAAGCUUGGAAGAUCUCUCUGAAUCUGUUUUCGAUUAUUUGCGGUCAGAAGGUGCCAUGGUUUAUCACAGAUACUCUCUUGAAGAUCCUGGCAAACUCGCGGAGACGUUCAAUUCCAAAUGCUUUGAACCUUGCCCAUCGGAGCAAUCUAGUCGGAUAUUAAGACAACCGCCGCCUGAAUUUGGCUGA